AUGGCCCCGCAAUCCGUUCCCGUUGCUGCGGCACCCAUAGCGACGAUGGAGCCUCUGGAAGUCAACGCACCUACAUCUUCUCCACCCUCCUCUUCUCUGCAGUCGGUCCUGGUCCGAUCCCAUCGCUUUGCGCUGUAUGAAUACGAGUGCCUCGUCCAAUGCUUCCGCAUCCCGUCGGCUCCGUCCACCAGUGCGUGUCUCAUGGUGUUCUACUCGUUUGGUCUGGUGGUGUGCUUUGGCGCGUAUGCAUACGUCCUCGAGCGUCUUACGAUCGACGGCAACGGGCCGAACGAAUUCGUGCUCAUGUUUGUGUGCUGCGUCGUGUAUGCGAUUCUGUCGUACGUUGGCAAGGUGCUCGCGCGGGAGCAACACGUGGACACCGCGCCUUGGUACGUCUUCUUGGUCUUGUCCUUCACAACGUUCAGCUCCACGUUCCUUUCGACCUACUCGCUUCGAUACGUGUCGUACGUCUUUCGCGUGCUGGGCAAGACAUGCAAGCCGAUUCCGAUCAUGGCCAUCGGCCUCGCGUUGGGCAAGCGGUACCCGCCACGCAAGUACUUGAGCGUCGCAAUGGUAACCGUCGGUGCCAUGCUCUUCUUCGUGUACAAGUCCGCGGCUUCGUCUUCUUCUCAUCACCACUCCACGACUGUCGAUGCCACCGCCGCUUCCUCGCACAACGCCGCCGACAAUGCAACGAUGAACGCUGAGAUUGGCGCGCUAUUGCUCGUCAUAUCUCUCUUCUUUGACGGCGCCACGGGAGCCUUGGAAGAGAAGUUCAUGACGCAAUACCAGAUGGGCCCGUUCACGAUGAUGCACAAGAUCAACGUCGUGUCGACACUCCUCUCGGCCGUGCUGAUCGUCGUCACAUCCCAAGAAGCCACCCUCCUGCACGUUGUCGCAAAUUUUUCCGUGAGUCGCGACCUGCUGCUGCUGGGGUUGUGUGGCGGCGUCGGGCAAAUGUUCAUUUUCCUCAUGAUCUCUCGCUUUGGCGCGCUCAUGACGAGUGUGGCAGGGACGGCGCGCAAGAUCCUGACGCUGUGUGUGUCCAUCCUGGCAUUUGGCCACGUGCUCACGCAGAUGCAGUACGUCGGACUGGCCGUGGCCGUCGCGGGUAUGUGCGUCAACCUGGUCCGAGGGCAUGGGUCCCCAACUUCGGCCAAACAAACUCUAUCACAAGAGGCACUGGACACGGAAGAAACCACGGGAUUCCUGCAAGAUGAUAAAGAUGGUGAUGAUGCAGAUCAUGACGAAAGAAGAAGAAGGGAUGAUGACGACGACGAGGACAAUGUACCUCCAUCCAAAGGAGUGUUUCCAGAUGUACGAGGGAACUUAGUGCCCAAGCAAGAUGAGUAUGGCAUAGCCAUUGACAUUGCCUUUCGUGCCACCACGUCAGUGUAGUAAUAGUAGUGUAGGAAUAGUAAUACUAGUAGUAGGACAUCGCAUUAUGUAUUUGAC